GACAGUUGUCUCGGUUUUCCUGAUGAUGAUGAGUUGUUUGAAUUCUUCAAUUUUGUAGGAAUAAUUGUAGGUAAUAACAUACUAUUUCCCAAAGUUAAGUGGUUCCACGAUGUUAUUAAUUGAUAUACCCUAACCAUUUGUCAUAACCACACGCUGUGAGUUUCAGUUUCAUGGCAUAACUGCCUGCAUUCGUAGUUCUAGUGACCUCGUCGUUUGAGUCGAAGGACUAUCGUGCGAUUUGUUUAGGUAUGUCGGUUUGGUCAGUCAGUACAGUUGGGAACAAUUACCGAUACGUACAUUCUGCUGGCCGUAACAGUCAAAGUGGUAGCUGGUGUCCAAAGCAAAAAAAGCACAACUGCGCGAUGUCAGCCGAAACGCCGCUGCAGUCAGCUGACGUGCUGCACACGCCAGCGUAUCUCUCCUGGAGGAAGCUUCAGCUCAGCCGCGCUAAACUCAAGGCCUCCAGCAAGACUUCAGCCCUUCUGUCUGGGUUUGCCAUGGUCGCCAUGGUCGAAGUGCAGCUGAACCCGCCCCAAUCGACCGCGGUGCCCACCGAAAUGCUCGUGGCCUUCACGGUAUGUACCACUCUCCUAGUCGCGGUGCACAUGCUGGCUCUUAUGAUCAGCACAUGCAUCCUGCCCAACAUUGAAGCCGUGGGCAACCUGCACAGCGUCUCCUUAGUCCACGAAUCUCCACACGAGAGGCUCCACUGGUACAUCGAAAUCGCUUGGGCCUUCUCCACGUUGCUGGGACUCAUACUAUUCCUUGUAGAAAUAGCCAUAUUAUGCUGGGUCAAGUUCUACGAUUUAAGCGCGACAGCAGCCUGGUCGGCUUGCGUCGUGCUUAUACCAGUCAUGAUAGUCUUCCUUGCAUUCGCUAUACAUUUCUACAUGUCCCUCGCGACGCACAAAUACGAAGUCACAGUCACAGGGAUCAAAGAGCUGGAGAUGCUCAAAGAACAAAUUGAAAUGGAAAAUGACGCUCGCAUGAACAAUCUCAGCUUGUCAGACCAGGGUCGUAUCGUCUGAUCGUGUUUUUUAUCUCAUGUCUUCUUUUGGAAUGUUAUUAUUACUUGUUAAUGUUAAUAUUAUACAAAUAAAGUUAUACAAUUUAUUUAAGUUUAAGAUGCAUAUUUAGGCCGUGUGAGUUACGAGUACGAGGGGUAUCAUUAUUAAGCGCGAAAUGGAAAUUAUAAGUAAUCGAAUCAUGUAUUUGUAUAACGUGACAGUACAUUCAAAGCUUUGUUCAUACAGGCUGUCUCAAAAAAUGUUUCCAAUUAGCUCGUGACUUAAGUACGUUAAAGUAUUUUAAAGAUUAUAAUUAUAAGGUGACAAAUGUUUUAAUGCAUUAGAUUCUUCUUGACAAUUCAAAUUAUUUUAAUUACGAAUUCAAUACUUUUAAGUGGUUGAAAGAUCCUCUGUAAAAGAGAACGACGACAAAAGCUUGAUUCUACUGCUGUCUUCCGCAUGACACUAUUUUAGGGACACGCUGUAUAACGCGUUAUUCCCAUGGGGCAGUUUUACAUGUAUCUUUAUUCUAUCCUUCGAUAGUGAUGGAUGGGACGUAAAAUACGUAUUUCCAAUGUUAUGCCAUGGCCAAUGUAUAAAAUUAUUGUACUUAGAAUAUAGUUUGUACUUAUUCGAACCAUUUACUUACGAUUUAAUUCAAAGCUUAUUUAUUACGUGGAUAGUUGAAUUUAUUUUACCUUACUUUUAUAGUUAUUAUUAUAAUCUCACAAUAGACAUAUUAUGCAAAGAUGAUUAAGUAAAGCUAUACUUAUUCUUGUUUUUUGACAUGACAACGAAUCUCACAGUGUUGAUGUCUCGUUUAUGUGCAAUAGAGCAAUUGAAUAUUAUUGUUCCUAAAUAUUGCGAAAUGCAAAAAAUAAUUAAUAUGCGACAAGUUGUGUGAGUCAGUAAU